AUGUCUCACACAAUCACCAAGUACGACGCCAAUAUCCUCAACCACCACGCCAAGCGUGGCGACGUCGUGGAGUUUGGCAGAACUCUGGACAACCUGGCCCAGCGAGAGGCCCCCAACGGCUAUGAUCGGGCUGACAUCCUCCUCCUGGCAAAGGACGAGGCCGGCGACAACAUCAUCCACUCGGCGUGCGCCAUGGGCAACAGGAACAUCAUCGUGUUCAUUUACGGACUCAACGACUUCACCCUCAAGCCCGGAGUCCUCCGAUCAAUCAUCAAUGCCCGAAACAACAUGGGCAACACCCCCAUCCACCUUGCCACCCAGCACGGCCAGCAAGCUUGUGCGGCCGCCCUGCUCGAGCGAGGCGCAGACCUCAACGCCGAGGGAUCGUUCGGACUUCGCGUCGCCCACUUCGCCACCAGAGACCGCUACCCGGACAUGCUCCGCUACGUUCUCCAGCGUGGUGCCGACCCAAAUGCUGUCACCAGGUCGGGCGACACACCUGCCCACUUCGCGGCUCGCAACCGAGACAUGUUCUGCUUGAGGGCUCUUCACACAGGUGGUGCCACUCUGCGCGGCUACAACAUGGCGGGCGAGACGCCAGCAAACAUCGCUGAGCGCAUGAGCUACGAGGUGAUGGUUGUGUGGAUGAAGGAGCGAAACAUCUUUUGA